ACUCCACCUAACAGAGAGCCCGCGGCGGUGCAGGCAGCCCUAGCGCUUAGUGCCCGCCACCACCUGUCACCAGCCCUGCGUCCCGCCGCCCUGCGCCCCGGUGCAGCCUGACCACCGUCCGCCCAGAGCCCGCCCGGCCGCCACGCUGCACGUCCGGAGUGCGCCCUCUGCCCUCACGGGGACAGGGGGCCCAGCCACCGUCAUGCUGCCUGUCAUCUACACCGUCCUGGCGGGGCUGCUGCUCCUGCCGCUGCUGUUGAACUUCUGCUGCCCCUACUUCUUCCAGGACAUGCGCUACUUCCUGCAGGUGGCGGGCUUGGCGCGGCGGGUGCGCAGCUACAGGGAGCGGCGGCCGGUGCGCACCAUCCUGUCCGCCUUCCUCGACAAAGUGCGCCGGACCCCGCACAAGCCUUUCGUGCUCUUUCAAGAUGAGACGCUCACCUACGCACAGGUAGACCGGCGCAGCAAUCAGGUGGCGCGAGCCCUGCACGACCACCUCGGCCUGCGACAGGGAGACUGCGUGGCGGUGUUUAUGGCCAAUGAGCCAGCCUACGUGUGGCUCUGGCUGGGGCUGGCCAAGCUGGGCUGUCCCAUGUCGUGUCUCAACUACAACAUUCGCUCAAAGUCUCUGUUGCACUGCUUCCAGUGCUGCGGGGCGAAAGUGCUGCUGGCCUCACCAGCUCUACAAGAUGCUGUUGAAGAGGUGCUGCCAAGCCUGAAAAAAGAUGGCGUGUCCGUCUACUAUGUAAGCAGAACUUCUGCCACAGAUGGGGUUGAAUCUUUCCUGGACAAAAUAGAUGAAGUGUCAACUGAACCUAUCCCAGAGUCAUGGAGGUCUGAAGUCACUUUUUCUACUCCUGCCAUGUACAUUUAUACUUCUGGAACCACAGGUCUCCCAAAGGCCGCAAUGAUCAAUCAUCAUCGCCUGUGGCUUGCAACUGGCCUCAUUAAUGCAAGUGGGGUUAAGGCAGAGGAUGUCAUCUAUACCACGCUUCCCUUGUACCACAGUGCUGCACUUAUGAUUGGCUUGCACGGAUGUAUCAUGACUGGUGCUACUAUUGCUUUGCGGAGCAAAUUUUCAGCCAGUCAGUUUUGGGACGACUGUAGAAAGUACAAUGUCACUGUCAUUCAGUAUAUCGGUGAACUGCUUCGGUAUUUAUGCAACUCACCCCAGAAACCAAAUGAUCGUGAUCACAAAGUGAGAGUGGCACUGGGAAAUGGCUUACGAGGAGAUGUGUGGAAAGAGUUUGUCAAGAGAUUUGGGGACAUUCAUAUUUAUGAGUUCUAUGCUGCCACUGAAGGCAAUGUCGGAUUUAUAAAUUAUCCAAGAAAAAUCGGUGCUGUUGGAAGAGUGAACUACCUACAAAGAAAAGUCAUAACUUAUGAGCUGAUUAAAUACGAUGUGGAGAAAGAUGAACCUGUCCGUGAUGGAAAUGGAUAUUGCAUCAAAGUUCCAAAAGGUGAAGCUGGCCUUUUGAUUUGCAAAAUCACACAAUUAACACCAUUUAAUGGCUAUGCUGGAGGAAAGACUCAGACAGAGAAGAAAAAGCUGAGGGAUGUCUUUAAGAAAGGAGACCUGUAUUUCAACAGUGGAGAUCUCUUAAUGAUUGACCAUGAUAAUUUCAUCCAUUUCCACGACAGAGUUGGAGAUACCUUCCGGUGGAAAGGGGAAAAUGUGGCCACCACUGAAGUCGCUGACAUAGUAGGACUGGUCAGUUUUGUCCAGGAAGUGAAUGUUUACGGAGUGCCUGUGCCAGGUCAUGAGGGUCGAAUUGGCAUGGCUUCCAUCAAGUUAAAAGAAAAUCAUGAAUUUGAUGGAAAGAAACUCUUUCAGCACAUUGUGGAUUAUCUGCCCAGUUAUGCAAGGCCUCGGUUUCUGAGAAUACAGGAUGCCAUCGAGACCACUGGGACUUUUAAACACCGGAAAGUGACACUCAUGGAGGAGGGCUUUAACCCUGAGGUCGUCAAGGAUCCCUUGUAUUUCUUGGAUGACAAAACCAAUACGUAUGUUCCUAUGACUGAGGACAUUUAUGACGCCAUAAGUGCUAAGUCUCUGAAACUUUGACUACUCCCAGGAGGAAUACUCAUAAGCAUUCCCAGAAAGACACUGAAUGGGCCUAGUACAGUCACUUGAUGUAAU